UUUCCGGCAGCCACCAAAGCAUCCGGCGUUAGGACGGCACACACCCAGCAGCACUAGGACCACGCAGCUCUGUUGCACACCCAGUCGGCACUAGGACCGCGCAUCUCUCGUCAUCACCCGGCGGGCUGUAGGACCGCGCCGUUGCCUCCAUUUCCCGGCCAGGCCGCCUCCCCCCUCUCUGGGCUCUGUCCGCGCCGUGUUCGUGUCCCCGCAGCAUGGAGUUCGAGUGGAAGCCGGACGAGCAGGGGCUCCAGCAGAUCCUACAGCUGCUCAAGGAGUCACAGUCCCCGGACACGACCACGCAGAGAUCGGUGCAACAAAAAUUGGAGCAGCUUAACCAGUUCCCAGACUUCAAUAAUUAUUUAAUAUUCGUUCUCACCAAGCUAAAAUCUGAAGAUGAACCUACAAGGUCUUUAAGCGGGCUGAUCCUGAAAAAUAACGUUAAGGCUCAUUUUCACAAUUUUCCAAAUGGAGUGACUGACUUUAUCAAGAGUGAAUGUCUGAACAACAUCGGGGACGCCUCGCCCCUGAUUCGGGCGACAGUGGGUAUCCUGAUCACAACAAUUGCUUCAAAGGGAGAGCUACAGAACUGGCCUGAGCUCCUGCCAAAAUUAUGUGGUCUGUUGGACUCUGAAGAUUAUAACACAUGUGAAGGAGCUUUCGGAGCCCUUCAGAAAAUCUGUGAAGACUCUGCUGAGAUUUUAGACAGCGACCUUUUGGAACGGCCUCUUAAUGUUAUGAUCCCCAAGUUCCUGCAGUUCUUUAAACAUAGUAGUCCAAAGAUUAGGUCACAUGCUGUUGCCUGUGUUAACCAGUUCAUCAUUGGAAGAACCCAAGCUCUCAUGCUGCAUAUUGACUCCUUCAUUGAGAAUUUGUUUGCUUUGGCAACCGAUGAAGAACCUGAAGUCCGUAAAAAUGUUUGCAGGGCUCUGGUCAUGCUGCUUGAAGUCCGAAUGGACCGCCUGCUUCCCCACAUGCACAAUAUAGUGGAGUACAUGCUGCAAAGAACACAGGAUCAAGAUGAAAAUGUUGCGUUAGAGGCAUGUGAGUUUUGGCUGACUCUAGCUGAGCAACCUAUUUGUAAAGAAGUUCUAUGCAGACAUCUUACAAAGUUAAUACCGGUCUUGGUAAAUGGAAUGAAAUAUUCGGAGAUAGAUAUUAUAUUGCUUAAGGGUGAUGUAGAAGAGGAUGAAGCUAUUCCCGAUAGUGAGCAGGACAUUCGGCCUCGGUUCCACAGAUCGCGAACAGUGGCUCAGGCACAUGACGAAGAUGGGAUCGAAGAGGAUGAAGAUGACGAUGAUGACUUAGAUGAUGAUGAGACAAUCUCUGAUUGGAAUAUAAGGAAGUGUUCAGCUGCUGCUCUUGAUGUGCUUGCGAAUGUGUUUCGGGAUGAUCUUUUGCCGCACAUUUUGCCUCUAUUGAAAGAAUUACUUUUCCAUCCUGAAUGGGUAGUAAAAGAAUCUGGAAUUUUGGUUCUUGGUGCAAUUGCAGAAGGUUGUAUGCAGGGUAUGAUUCCCUACCUCCCCGAGCUCAUCCCUCACCUUAUUCAGUGCCUUUCUGAUAAGAAGGCUCUUGUGCGUUCUAUUACCUGUUGGACCCUUAGUCGCUAUGCACACUGGGUAGUUAGCCAGCCCCCAGACAUGUAUUUAAAGCCAUUAAUGACAGAGCUACUAAAACGAAUCCUCGACAGCAACAAGCGAGUUCAAGAAGCUGCUUGCAGUGCCUUUGCUACCUUAGAAGAGGAGGCUUGUACGGAACUUGUCCCUUACUUGGCUUACAUUUUGGAUACCUUGGUUUUUGCGUUCAGUAAAUACCAGCAUAAAAACCUUCUCAUCCUUUAUGAUGCUAUAGGAACUCUCGCAGAUUCUGUUGGACACCACUUAAAUAAGCCAGAAUAUAUUCAGAUGCUGAUGCCUCCACUUAUUCAGAAAUGGAACGUUCUAAAGGAUGAAGACAAAGAUCUUUUCCCUUUACUUGAGUGCCUAUCUUCUGUUGCUACUGCACUUCAAUCUGGUUUCUUACCUUACUGUGAACCCGUGUACCAGCGUUGUGUAAACUUGGUACAAAAGACUCUUCAACAAGAAAUGAUGCAUAAUGCUCAGCCAGACCAGUUUGAGUCUCCAGAUAAAGAUUUUAUGAUUGUGGCUUUAGAUUUACUAAGUGGAUUGGCUGAAGGUCUUGGUGGCAACAUAGAACAGCUUGUAGCAAGAAGCAACAUUCUUACUUUAAUGUACCAGUGUAUGCAGGAUAAAAUGCCAGAGGUACGACAGAGUUCUUUUGCAUUAUUAGGGGACCUGACGAAGGCUUGUUUUCAACAUGUGAAAGCGUGCAUUGCUGAUUUCAUGCCCAUUUUAGGAACAAAUUUAAACCCUGAGCUAAUUUCUGUGUGUAACAACGCUACUUGGGCAAUUGGGGAAAUUUCUAUACAAAUGGGUGCUGAAAUGCAGCCUUAUGUUCCAAUGGUGUUGCACCAACUUGUUGAAAUCAUUAAUAGGCCCAACACACCAAAGACACUCUUAGAAAAUACAGCAAUAACAAUUGGUCGUCUUGGUUACGUUUGUCCUCAAGAGGUGGCCCCCAUGCUACAGCAGUUUAUAAGACCCUGGUGUACUUCAUUACGGAAUAUCCGAGACAAUGAGGAAAAGGACUCUGCGUUCCGUGGAAUAUGUACAAUGAUCACGGUUAACCCUGGAGGUGUAGUUCAGGAUUUUAUCUUUUUCUGUGAUGCUGUUGCAUCUUGGAUUAAUCCAAAGGAAGAUCUCCGGGACAUGUUUUGUAAGAUUCUUCAUGGAUUUAAAAACCAAGUAGGGGAAGAGAAUUGGAGACGCUUCUCUGACCAGUUUCCGCCUCCCCUUAAAGAACGUCUUGCAGCUUACUAUGGAGUUUAACCUAGAUGUGCUCUAGCUGCAGUCUCAACGUUAGGGGUCCUUCGGUCUGGGAGACAGCGGGGGAGCCUCUGCACCCAGGGAAAAGCUACCCUAUUGUAGGGGGGAAGGGCAAACCAGUAGGGAACACAGUACAAUCCCAAAGCCUACUGGGAGGGGCGGGAGGGAGGUGUUGCCGUCACUGUAUUAAGUCGAUGUCGGGAAACGUUUAAACGUCUGGAGCCUAUGUGGGUGGAAACAUGUCUCCUUAACAAUUCUGCACUGGAUGUGAAGAAGCAAAUUCUAAUCGCCAAACAGCACAUUCUGGUAUAUGGGGAAUUGUACUUUAAGUACCUUAAAAUUGGACUCUAGAGGGGGUGGAGUAAGAGGAAACAAAUUUUUGCACACUUUAGAGGAAAUCUUCAGAACGGGGUUAUAGCAGUAAAUUGCAUCUAUUUUUAAAGCAAAGGGUUGCCUAGCUAUCCCACUCAUUGGGAGUUCUGUGUUUGCAUGUUAAUGAAGACAUAACUAGAUGAAGUUGGCGGAGAUAAAACACAGCUUGCUAUUUGUGUUAAGUGCAGGUCAUUGCAAUUGCACUUCAGAUGCCUGUAACAUUAGUUAAGAUCUACAUAAAUUGACAUCCACCAAAAUGCCAAAUUUAGUAAAAACAAAAAAAAAAUUUUGUAUGAUUAUUUAUUUUUUUUGCUUUCAGUAGGGGGAGUAACUAGUAAAAAAAAAUAAAAACUCCUUUAUUUUUAGUUUACUAUAAAUCUUUAAUAUAAGUAUAUAUUUUUUUAAGAGUCACUCCUUUGCUGAUUGUUAAUUUGCAGGGUUUUUUGGCAGCACAAAAAUAAGAUAUCAAACCUUGGCAUUUUGAGAUUGUGAAGUGCUUAGCACCUUUAGUGCAGUGUCAUGAGGAUUUUCCUUGUUUAGGGGUCUGCAGUCCAGGAUUCUUUAUAGUGGUUAAAAAUAAUAAAGUUAAUGAGUUAAGUAGCAUGCUUGUAUCACACAUUAAGAUAGGCCAACACGUACCCAUAAGCGCCAGGAAUUAUUUUUUGUUUACAGGUGAAAUAUGCAUUAAUUGUCUGUUUUUAGGUUUUUUAGAUAUAAUUUAAGGAUAAAUUUUAAGUGCUGCAGAAUACGGUUAGACCUUAGCCCUUAACCUGUCAAUAAGGCCUGCCACACUGUAUUGCAAGCCUGUCUGAUGGAAAGAGGUCUUAAAAAAAAAUUCUAUCUCCAGCAUCUGUCAAUUUGAGAAACAAAAACUGAUGUAUUGUAUCACAAUGUGGAAACUGAUCUACUUGUGGGAAACCUUGUUGCCUCUGUGCUGUCAGUGUGGUGUGCUUCUUGCAUGGUUAAAUUCUAGUGAUUACUACAAGUACUGUGGAGUAAGAUCAGUCUAAAAGGAUGCAUAUGUGUUAGGUGGUGCAAACUGUAGACAUCAAGGUAAUUGCUAUAAUUCACUAGUGAUUUUCACUUUAAUCCAUUACCCCUUUUUUAUUUUUAUUUUUUAUUUAUUUUUUUUAAAGCAUGAUCAUAUACCAUUUAGUUCCUAGAAGCAGGGUAUCUGCUCUCUAUUGGCGCAUGUUGGUGGCCCUUUGUACCCUAAGCAGAUACAUUGGGGUGCAAAUUGUAAAGCAUCAGAAUGAAAGAUGGGUUCUGGUUCCCCUUUAUUUUCUCCCCAUUUCAUUUUGUUCAGCUUUUUUUGUUGCUUUUCUUCACUUGUAUUCCUGUGAAUAAACCCUUAUUAAUUUAACCUUUUAUUUUUCUUUUCAUGUGUAUUUUCUUACGUACUGUGAAUGUGAAAACUUAACUGGCACCCUUAUUGAAGGUGUCCAUGUCAAAGUGCAAGUCUUUAUUAAUGCAGAAUGCCUCAUUGGUAUCCCAUGAUGAUAAAGAAAUCACCUUAGAUACUCUUGUAACUCUGCAGGUCAGAGUUACGUCCGACACUCUCCAUUUUCCUAGAGAAGAUUCUAAACCUCGCAAACAAUGUUAAGCCAUACCAAUUUUUUUCUAUAGUUCGAUUUGUUUUGCAAAUGUAAUCAUUUGUAAUCAAUUUUGUACAGUAAAAAUUCCCUAAUUUGCAUGGUUUUAUUUUGUUAGAUAGUUGAGGUGAGAACUAUUGCACUAAACCUUUUCAUGGUUACAGGAGACAAAAGGACUAAAAAUUACAAAAGCAAAGUAGACGACUAAUCCAAGGAAGUAUAUAAUGCUGCUGCAUAUAAAUGGAUGGCCCUGUCUUGCUUUUUCUUGUAUUUUAUGCCAAAAACGAAGGUGAAAAGGUGUAAGAAAAAAAAAAUAUAUAUAUUGCAUUAAAUGAAUUUUAAUAAUGCUUUGGCUAUAAUAACGCUACUAUAGAAAAGUAACAGAAAGGUUUUUCCAAUUGUUUUUGUUAGCCUGCAAUCUAGCGAACUGUCAGAAAGGACAGCACUUAGCGUUCUUAACUUAGAAUUCAAAAGUAAAUUUCUGACUUGGUUUAGUAAAACUAAUAAUUAAGUUUAUGGGUCAUUUGCCUUAGCAGCAGCAUUCAAGGGGAAAAUAGCAUGGUACAGACUUUUAGUUUUUUGCCAUUCAGAAUGUUAAGAAUUUAGGUAACUAAAAGAAGAAAAGUAUAGGUCAACAACAGUGAAAUCCUGUGUGACUAUUAAAUUACAUUGUCUCCUGGAAAUCUUAGAAUGAGAAAUAAUAAAACCAUUCAAAUGCAAAAAAAAAAAAAAAAAAAAAAAAUUGUAAGGGAAGACGGGUCGUUUUUGGUGUUUUGUUUAAAAUUUAUCACAAAGCCAUUUUAUUACACUGUAAUAUCAAUCUACCCGCUUUAAUGGUCACAGGAGACAGGGUUGCCUUUUUUUUUUUUAUCAUCAAUACUUCCUCGAUUCUUGCAUCAUGGGAUAUAUAAAGCGUCUUACUAUUGUGGUCUAGUCUUGAGUUUUUGAAUGUCAAUGGAAUGUUUAUAGAAUUGUGAGUCUUUGUCUUGUUACAUUCCAGUGUUUCUGCCUCUUGGCAUGCUAAAAGCACGGCUUACAAUGUCUGUCUCUCACACUGAAUAGAGUGCUAAACUACAGAAAUAGCCGCUGCUAUGUGAUGUAGAUACUCUACUUGAAUAUUUUUAUGUUGUAGGAACCUCAGGAGGUCUGUGUUUACUAUUUUGUAUAUCUACCUUCUUUCCUGUUUGAGCUUCCCUAUUUAGAAGGACUCUUAACCAUGAUCAAAAAAACAAACAAACCUGCCCUUCAACCUAAGUUGGUAACAGAAUGCCUACUCCUUCUUUAUCGGUGUAAACAAUAUGGUCGCACACUAUAGGGAAAAUAGUUUGGGUUUGCUUAGAAGCUAGUUUGUAUCGGGGAAAAAUUUAAGGGUUUCAAAUUUUCAGCACCUGUCCAUUCUCUUAAAUCCAUUAUAGGCUUUACUUUUUGCAACAAUUUUUCACUGUAUAAAAAAUAUUUUGAUGCAUUAGCAAAGCUGCCACAAAAGAAUAGCCAACACGUUUGUCCAGUUGAAAGUUUUUUUUUGUUAGCUACUGAGGUCUGGCUUAUAAUUAGUUACAAUGGUUGGACACUCGAGUUUAGUGUCUAGCGUUGGUUUGCUUCUUGGUGAAUUACCCUACCAAUGCAUGCAGAGAGCUAUAAGAGGGGGACGGUAAGUGUUGUCAAACUACAUUCAAUGGGAGAAUUAAGACUUGCAAAUCCCAAGAAACUUCAAUCUGAUAUGGCCAAGCUCUUAUAUUUACUCCUAAAACUCCAUACUUUUACCCAGAUAUUAUUCCUAAAGAAUGCUUUUAACAGGGAUAGCUGUAAAUAGAAGAGAGAUCGCAUGAAAAGUGUGUGGUGUUCGUUUUGUGUGUUCUUGGCAUCAUUCACUGUGCUCUUUAAAAUACUUUCCGAUAUGGCAAUGGUAAAGGAUUUGUUCGUCUUUUCUGAUUUUUUUUUUUUUUUUUUUUUGUGGAAAAAGCGCUUUUACAUGGAGCAAGUUUGAUUACCCGUUGACUGUUUUAUUGACUACCUGUUUUCACAUAGAUGUAUUAUAGGUUUCAGGAAUGUGUGUCUCUUGUUGUUUCUAAUGGGAGUCACCAGGUGUCAGAACAAAAGUGUGGUUAGACAAUCACCUUAAAGGGGUACUCCGCCCCUAGACAUCUUAUCCCCUAUCCAAAGGAGAGGGGCUAAGAUGUCUGAUCGGGUGGCGGUGGCGAUCUUCCUGCUGUACCCGGCGUUGGUUCAGAGCAUCGGGUGCAGCCCCGGAGGCUCGUGAUGUCACGAGCCUCCGCCCUGCAUCGGUAGUCAUCCGGCAUGGAGCGAGGUUUGCUCCGUGCACUGGAUGUCUGGGGUGCCACAGUUGAGAUUGCAGGGGGUCCCCAGCAGUGGGACCCCCGCGAUCAGACAACUUAUCCCCUAUCCUUUUGGAUAGGGGAUAAGAUGUCUAGGUGCAGAGAACCUCUUUAAGCUUUCCCAGGAAUAUUAUGAAAGCCUGUCUUGCUCCAUACUUUUAACUGUCCCUGUGUAUUUGGUCAAAGGACUUGACACCAUCUAUGUACGAGGGACUAGCCAAAUCUAUAUGUAUUUUAUGCUAAAAUCAAGUGGUUCUGAAGCAUUGUCCAGGUGCCCUCUGGAGGUUUUUUUUGUGCAGUUUAAUGAAUGUGACUAAUCUCAAAAUAAAAAAAAGAAUGUUUUGUUGUCCUCUAUAGAAACAUACGGGGGGAUUUAUCAAAUCGGGUGCAGAGGAAGAGUGGGGCAGUUGCCCAUAACCAAUCAGAUUGCAUCUUUCAUUUUUAGAGAGGCCUGGGAAAAAUGAAAGAAGUGAUCUGAUUGGUUGCUAUGGGCAACUCAGCAACUUUUCCACUGUGCAGGUUUUCAUAAAUCUCCCCUAUAGUCUUUCUCAGGAUCCCGAGGACAAAUUUGAGCACCACUAUAUUUAGGGGCUACUUUAAAGCACUACGUUUGGAAUAGAUAGCCAUCAGUAAUCUAAUCAUAACACUGUGACUAUAAGAACAGUUCAAACAGCCAUGUGAGAAAACAAUCAAAGUUCUAUUUUUCUAAAGCAAUAUGCACAUACAUACAUAAAGAAAGGGGAUGGCACUUCUCAUUAGCACUUCCACAGUCCUUGUGAUAGGGCACAUACUAUGGUUGCAUAUUUCUGCUGGCAACUUAGGUUGAGUGCAUUACUGAAUAAAAGCUUUAUAUCUGAUUUUUUUUUUUUUUUUUUUUUCCCCCUUACCCUGGAAGAUGUUAACACUUUCACUUAUAUCCUCUUGCAGUCUAAUACAGGCUCAUCUAACCUGUGGCUUUCUUAUAUUGGACUUGAGAAGUUGACAGGCAUAUUUGGAUGUGAAGUUCAAUAUUUAGAGAGCCACAAGUUUACCUCCGGUCUAAUAAAUUAAGCGAUAUUUCUCAAGUUUGCCUCUGCUUAUUGAACUACACUUUAAAUUUGAAAAAAAAAUAAAAAUCUUAUGGUUUUAGUUUUUGAUAAGCUGCUGAAUUUUAAACGUUUUUGGGGCCACCAAAUAUUUUGGAUCAUGCAGAGAAUAUAUAUUGUACUGUAGUAAUUUUGUAUUUACAUUUGUAUGAUGUGAUAAUAGAUGUGAAUGUUAAUCACUGCUUGGCUGUGUUAAUAAAAUUGUU